AUGUCUAGCGAUGCCGAAAAGCAGAAGCUAAUGGGUUCCAUCCUUAGUCAAGUCAACAUCGGCCAUAUCAACUGGGACAAAGUUGCAAAGAACCUCAAUCUGCCCAUCAAAUCAGCUGCACAGAUGCGCUGGGCACGAUUCAAGAAGACUCUGCCCAACUUCAGCCAAGAAUCAAAUGGGAACAGCACCACCUCUCCACCAGCCACGCCGAAGAAAAGACAAUCACCAACGAAGAGCAAAGCUAACAAGAGAAGUCCUACAAAGAAGCAAAAGCUCUCGAAGUCUGUGAUAGUCAGCGAUGACGAGGAUGAUGAACCACAAUUCGAUAGCUACGAUAAGGAAGAGAUUAAGGAAAUUGUUCCCGAGACUCCAUUACAAAGUCUUCCUAGCAGAAAGGCCAAAGUCAAAUCUCCGAUCAAGGAUACAGUCACAAGCGAUGAAGAUGAAGAUGAAGAUGAGGAGAUCAAGAUUGAGGACACCCAGGAAACCCAGGAAAUCCAGCAGAGUAUCGGAAGUGGUAGGGGUGCCAUCGAUUCCGGGUCUGACUUUGGCGGAAGUGUGGAAUUGUGA